CGGAGUGCCGCCUGCAUUCGAGGAAGGAUGUGGGACCCGCCGAGAGCCGCCGGAACGGGUGGCUUUUCCACUAUAAACCUGCCACGCCGGCGCGCCCACGCCGACACGCCAAGCGAAAGCUACAGCGAGAGCAGAGCAGCAACCUCCUCAUCCUGCCCGCGCCGGGAGACGGUCGGCGGCGGCGGCGGAGGAUGGGGCGUGGGCCGGACGCGGAGGCGGAGGAUGACGCCGGCGAGACCAAGCCGACGCUGCUGCAGCGGUGGUCCUCGUCGGUGUGGGUCGUCAGCGGCAGCGGGCGGCUGCUGUGGGCGCGCAACGAGGCGUGGCGGGCGCACGCCGGCAUGGCCUUCGUGCAGGUCGCCUACGGCGGGUACCACGUCCUCACCAAAUCCGUCCUCAACGUCGGCAUGAAUCAGAUCGUCUUCUGCGUCUACCGCGACCUCGUCGCGCUCGCGCUCCUCGCCCCCAUCGCCUUCCUCCGCGAGAGGAACGUGCAGCGCCCGGUGACCCGUCAGCUCCUCGCGUCGUUUGCUCUCCUGGGCUUCACCGGGAUCUUCGGGAACCAGCUCCUCUUCCUCCUCGGCCUCAGCUUCACCAACGCCUCCUACGCCGCGGCGUUCCAGCCGGCGAUACCGGUGUUCACAUUUCUCUUGGCCGCAAUUGUCGGUGUUGAGGUGAUCAACAUCUUCACGAAAGAUGGAAUUGUCAAGGUUCUUGGCACAGCCGUGUGCGUCUCUGGUGCUGUCCUAAUGGUCUUCUACAGGGGCCCAUCCUUGGUUGGGAAUGGAGGCACCGUUGCAGCAGAUGGAAAUGCUCUGGCCGGCUCAUGGAGUAGCAAUGCCUAUUCUGCUCAGUGGUUGACCACAGCCAUGCUCAGAUAUGGUGUGGAAACAUGGCAUCUUGGGGUCCUGUGCCUUAUUGGAAAUUGCUUCCUGAUGGGUGCUUAUCUAGUCAUUCAGGCUCCGGUCCUGAUAAAAUAUCCUGCAAGCUUAUCCUUGACAGCUUACUCCUAUUCCUUUGCCACCCUGUUUAUGGUGUUGACUGGGGCAUUUGGUACCAGUGGGCUCCACGAGUGGGCACUGACAACAACCGAGGUCAUAGCUAUCUUAUAUGCUGGAAUUAUUGCAUCUUGUCUGAACUAUGCGAUCAUGACUUGGGCAAACAAAAUUCUUGGACCCUCUCUAGUCGCCCUGUACAAUCCACUCCAGCCAGCAUGUUCUACCUUGCUUUCAACUAUUUUUCUUGGAACCCCAAUUUAUGUCGGAAGUGUUAUCGGGGGACUCUUCAUCAUCGCUGGUCUUUACCUGGUUACUUGGGCUCGUUACAAUGAAGCUCAGAGAGUGCUGACAGCCAGUUAUUUGCAACCUCUUCUUGUGGAGGAUCUACCAACCUCCAAGGCCGAAGGAGGUUCCUUCAGUGGCUCCAUUGAUCCCUAUACCCGGGAGGGAGUCGUCCUCUUCAAGAUAUCACGCUUUAAGAAAGCAUGCUAUUACCAUUUCAAGUAUUUGAAGUAAGUUCCAUCGUCACGAAGAUUUGCAGGGUAUGAAAAAAUCAUAUCCUGAACAUAAGUUGGACAUUCUUGCCGGUGGCCGUAUUUGCAGAAGAUACCUUGAGAAUUUGCAGUGAUCCUUCAGCUUCAAUAGUUUUCGUUACAGGUCCAAGGCUAACAGCAGUUGGAACAACCUCACCAAUGAAAGCAGACUAUUCUUAUAGGCCUGGAAACUGAAGCUGCAAUGCACUUGAGCUAUUAUUACUUAUGGCGAGAUAACUGUUGUUCUGUGACAGUAUUCCAACUGAUACCGGAUCUUUGUAACAAUUAGUUAUAGUACUCGUACUGUCCUGUUUGUUGUAUAUGUGUUUAUCUUCUCUAUUUCUUACGUUGUAUAUGCUUUUCGCGGGCUAUAUAUAUGUAAAUGAUUAUGCAGUUACAAAUUGAACUCGCAUGGCUAUUUGGGACCGUGUGAGUGCUCACUGCUCCCUUCUUUUCAAAAUGUAGAGCAGAAUUUGACC